AACAUUUACUCCUAUGGAAUGAAUACAUGAAUAUGCAAACCCAAUAUGUGUGUUAGCGUGAGUUUACAGGAGCAGGAAUGUGGAGCCUGAUUUAUAGACUCACAGACAAACCUGUUUUACUCACGUCACAUAAACACAGAACCAGGAAAUAGAAAUCACGUGAGUUCAGGGAAAGAGAAACUCAGUUGUUGUUGAGCCAUUGUUCGUGUCUCUGUAUUAAUUCGGCAAAAUGGAAGAAGACAGAAUUUCAGUGAAUAAGAACGAGUUCUUGUGUCCGGUGUGUUUAGAUCUCCUGAAGGAUCCAGUGACUACUUCCUGUGGACACAGUUACUGUAAGAGCUGUAUUACAGGCUGCUGGGAUCAAGAGGAUCAGAAGAGAGUCUACAGCUGUCCUCAGUGCAGACAGACCUUCAGUCCAAGACCAGCUUUAGCUAGAAACACCAUGCUGGCUGAAGUGGUGGAGAAACUGAAGAAGACCAAACUCUCUGAUGACUGUGACGCCGGAGCUGAAGAUGUUCAGUGUGACGUCUGUACUGGAAGAAAAUACAGAGCCGUCAAGUCCUGUCUGGUGUGUCUGAACUCUUACUGUCAGAAUCACCUUCAACAACAUGAGAGUUUCUUUAAAGGAAAGAAACACAAUCUGACCGAAGCCACUGGACGACUGCAGGAGAUGAUCUGCCAGAAACAUGAGAAUCUUGAGGUUUUCUGUCACACUGAUCAGAAGUGUAUAUGUAUGAUGUGUACGAUUAUUGAACAUAAAAACCAUGAUAUUGUAUCAGCAGCAGACCAGAGGACAGAGAAACAGAAUCAGCUGAAGGAGACUCAGAAGACGCUCCAGCAGAGAAUCCAGCAGAGAGAGAAAGAUCUCCAGCGGCUGAGAGAGGCUGUGGAGUCUCAUAAGCGCUCUGCACAGACAGCAGUGGAGGACAGUGAGAAGAUCUUUACUGAGAUCAUCUGCUCCAUUGAGAGAAGCCGUUCUGAGCUGAUAGAGCUGAUCAGAGAUCAGGAAAAGCAAGCAGUGAGUCGAGCUGAAGGACGACUGGAGCGACUGGAGCAGGAGAUCAAUGAUCUGAGGAGAAGAGACGCUGAGCUGGAGCAGCUUUCACACACACAGGAUCACAUCCAGUUCCUGCAGAGUUUCCAGUCUCUCUCUGCUCCUCCUGAAUCUACAGACGAAAAUGUCAAUCUCUUCAGGUGUCUCUUCUCUUCUGAUGAUCUGAGAGAAUCUAUUCAUCAGCUGAGAAAUAAACUGGAGGAUUUCUGCAAAAAGGAGCUGAAGAAGAUCUCAGACAGAGUGACAUUCAGCAGCAUUGUUCUCUGGACCAGGAAUGACUUCCUACGAUAUUCCCAUCAGCUCACUCUGGAUCUGAACACAGUGAAUAAACGCCUCCUUCUGUCUGAGAACAACAGAGUGAUUACUUACACUGACACAGAUCAGCCGUAUCCUGACCAUCCAGAAAGAUUUGAUGAGUAUCGUCAGGUGUUGUGUAGAGAGCGUGUGUGUGGACGCUGUUACUGGGAGAUUGAGUGGAGUGGAUAUGUGUUUAUAUCAGUGUCAUAUAAAAACAUCAGCAGAAAAGGACGGGGUGAUGAGUGUGUGUUUGGAUGUAAUGAUCAGUCCUGGAGUUUGUACUGCUCUUCCUCUAGUUACUCAUUCAUACACAAUAACAUACAGACAGAUCUCUCUGUGAAGUCCAUCAGCAGGAGAGUAGGAGUGUUUGUGGAUCACGGAGCAGGAACUCUGUCCUUCUACAGCGUCUCUGACACAAUGAACCUCAUCCACACAGUCCAGACCACAUUCACUCAGACGCUCUAUCCUGGGUUUUAUGUUUUUAUUGGAUCAUCAGUCAAACUGUGUUGAUGAAUCAGAAUGGACUGAUGAGAGAUUGUACCUAUUAGAGAUAGACCGAUAUGUUUAGCCGAUACUGACGCUUAGAGGUCAUAAGAAUGAUAUGUUUGCUUUUUUCAGCUUCUGUAUAUAAGAAAUGGUACCAGACAUCAGGUAUUUUCGUUUGCCCGAAUCCUGUUGCUGAUGUUUGAUGUUUUGAACUUCUCUUGAUGUUUUAACAUAUUAGAGGUCAUUAUACUAUAAAAACAUUGUGUAAGUUUCAGAGCUCAAAACUUCCUUGUUACUCUAAAAACAGCUUAUAUUGAGGACAAUCUUCCAAAAUGACAAGAAGGGUCUGGCUCCAGACGUACACUUGCAGUUCUGAUAUAGUGCCACAAUAAAUAAUAAUAAUAAUAAUAAUCUAAGAAUAAAGUUAUAAUAUUUCAAAAAGUCAAAAUGUUUUGAAAAUAAAGUUUAAAUGUUUUGGGAAUAAAGAGUAAAGUUAUUAUGAGAGUAAGCCUAUAUUAUAUAAUUUGGCACAUGCAAAUGGCCCAGAUUGGGAACACUGGGAGAUAUUCCAAAGUCUGUCAGUUUUAUAGCAAAAUACAAACAAUAUUUAAGUGGCAUUUAAGUCAUAUUUAGCAGUGAUUUGUCUGCAUCUGAGUAACAAACAGAAAAGUGCAUAAUAUUAACAGACAAACUAUGCUCAUGUGUCUAUAAUAAGAGAGUAAGAGUCAGUAAGGAGGCAUACGACAACUCAAACAUUGCUAAGGUUUAUUCCAAAAACUUUUGUCAGUACGUAUUUUAGGAAAAAUGCCAGUAAAAGGGCCUGAAAGUUGAUAAAUAUAGUGCUCGAGUGUCUGUCAAGCUUAAGGUAAUAGGUGGGGGAUAUUUGUGGCGGAGUUCAAGUUCUAGUAUCUUUAGAGCCUCAGUUUCAGACCUUUCAUGAUUAGUAAUACAUACAGCUGUUUCCCAACCACAGUUCAGUGAAGAGGCCUCUCUCAAACGGCAUGCUUUGUGCUCCGAAUGUUGUUUAAAAGACAUACAUAUUGCGGUAUUUUUAAAAAUUCAUAUCAUAAGAAAAAUAAACACCUGUAUUCAGUAUGAACCAGGAUACUGCCAGCAUUACAACACACAUUCUUUUAACUGUAAAUUAGACUAUACUGUUUUUCAUGCCUAUUGAUUUUUCCUUCACUAUAUUUUUCCUUCAUAUCUUGCUAUAAACUAUAAACGCUCUCAAUCAAUAAAAAAAAAGAUCUAAUUAAUCCCAUACUUUUCUGAAAUCACUUGCAGUGAUUUCUUUAAGGCCUGCCGCUGCUGAAUGUGACGUGGUUCUAACACAAAUCUUAUUUAAAGCUUCUUUUUUUUACCUUUUCUGACCAACUUCAGCUUUUAAAGUUUCUAUUAUGAAUGAGUUAAACUGGGCACGAGUGAGACAGCACUGGGCUGCUCCAGGACUGAUCUGAGAACCACGACCAUGUCAUCUAAUAAAAAAUAUGCAGAUGGA